AAAUAUAGUUCUCUCUCUCUCUCUUCUUGGCUUUUAACGACCUUACAGGUCACGCCGGCCAUUUCUGGCUUACUAGACUUAUUUUACCACGUAGCCGGAAAGUCAGUCCAUGCUACGGGGGAACGGUCUGGAUGGGAUUUGAACCCCGGUCCUGCCGGGUGGGCCGGCGCCGUUUAUCAAAUACACCACCGGGCCGCCCCGAUAUAGUUAUAGUAUAGUUAUUUAUUUCAUUUAAUAGUGCAGAUCAAAGCAAAUUAUUUCUAUUUCAGUUAAAAUGUUGUGAAGGUUAAUUAAAAAUUUUCGAGGGUAAAAAAGUUUUUAGUUUAUAAUUUCCUCUAUGGGAUCAUUCAAUAAUUACGUAACACUGGAAAGGGUGAGGGAGUUGAGUUAUCCCUAUCUGCCCUAAAAAAAUCUAUUUAAACUAUGAAAAAUAUCUUAUCAGCACUAUCUACUCGAUUUUUUUCCAUAACAAAUUUUGACGCCUAGCUAAAUAACAAAGAAAUCAUUUUGCUUUUAUCUAGUUAUGUUCCUUGUUGCCUUCUUUCAAUAAGAAAUUCUGCUGUGAAUAUUUUGUUGUGACAAAGUCGAUAGAAAUUUUCGAUUUUUUCCACCCGUUGUUUUUGUUCGGGGAAUGAUUUCAAGCAAAUAUUGAUUGCAUCCAUGAGAUGAGAAACAAAUUUGCAACGUAGCUUAUGAUCAUUUGAAACGUACCCCAUCCAUUUCCCAAUAUUUAUGCUAAGUACAACGGCCACCUCAACACUGCUAAGUAUGCUUCCACAUAAUCUUCCACAAAAAUGAGCGGUGUAAAAAGAUGCCAUUUUCUUAACAACUUUCAAAGUCAAAGCUCUUCACGAAAAAGUAAUUGGCCAACGGCUUUGCGUAAGGUGGCCACUACCUCGUCGCUGCUCCUAGCACACCCAGCCGCUAGGAUGCAUUAUCGUAUAUAAAUUUACUUUCACACCCAAUCAACCAACGAAACCCCAACCCCACUUUAAGCUUUGCGUCCCACUGCCAAAAAGUAGGAAAAAAAGAACCUCCCUAAAGCAGACAAGAUCUCGCAGAAGGUAGCAAAAGUGUUGGUGCUACCUUGGUGUUGCCGCUGUUUGCGAAACAAUUUAUAUUGGAAUACUUCGGUCAACUUUUCGUUUCGUUUCAACCAAUCGGCGGGUGUGGUGUGGUCGGUGUGUCCGUUAAAACAUGGUGUGGGGUACAUUUUCUCGCCGUUGUUAUGGCGCGUUUGGUUUGGCCGUGUUUGCCGAGAUGACACAGCUAUUACUGCUACGGGAAAGGUUGCCGAGAUGACUUUCAGAAGUUUUUCACUGUUUUUUAAAGCAUUUUUCCUAACAUUUUCGUGUUGUUCUUCGUUCAGUCGCUUUCAAUUUUGAGGCCUCACUUUUUUCGCCACCUUCCGCAAUGUGCCAAGUGUACCGUAUACCAGCAGUUCAUGUACUUGUCAAAUACUCCGUUGUUUUUUUUUCGAUUUUUUUGGUCAUGUUUUUCCAUUCUCUUUUGGAGGAUCACUUUUGUUUGAAAGCGGUUUUUUUUCUUCAAACUGUUAGCACCUUCGGCCGUUACUUUCAAAAGCGUCCUCACACUUCGCUCAGGUCAGCAGCAGCUUGGUGGCCUGGCAGUGGAGUUAUAUGAAAUGGAGCAUAUAAUUUACAGCGUCGUCUGACUCGUUGUCAGUGAUUUAUCAGCGCUUGAGCGCAUACUUACGCAGCGCAUAACAAAAGAAAGGAAAGUAAGAUGUACUUUGUUUUUCGUUUGGUGGGGGUCAUUGAUGGUCCUUUUUUAUCGUUACAACGUUAGCUGGCAGAUAUCUUUUUGAUGGUACCGAGAUACUUCCGCUUAACAUGUAGUACCAGUGUAAGCGUCCGUGCAGAUGCUGGGAAAAUUUAAUUUCUCGAAUAAGCUGUUAAGUGUUUCGAAUGAUUCGUAGAAAUGCUGUAACGAAACCGUUGCGUGACGUGUGCAAUAAAAUGUUCUUUCAAUAAAAAGGUGUUUUCCUUCAUUAUGCUUUCCCUGUCUCACGGAUGACUGUUUUGAAUGAAAAUCAAGGAUUUUUGUUAGCACUUAAGUUUGCAUCAUGAAGAAAAGACUCUUCCUUGCAGUUUCGUAGGUUAACAUCCUGGUUGUGCGAUGAACAUAAGUCAAAUAAGCCAUUUUAUGGCUUGCCAGGCAUGGCCAAACAGAGGUCAUUACGCUAUAUAGGAAUGAAAUUUAGAAGGGAGCGUGAAGUUAAAAUGAAAGCUAAUUAACAACCACUCCAAAGGGGGGUGGGAAAAAAUGGAAAUCCAAACGUAGGAAAAAAAAGUUUUAUAAUAACCUUAUCUCGACCAAGUUGCUGAAUACCCGAAGCCAUUUCUUAACCUUCGUUCAGCGCGAAACCAAAAGUCGCUUGUAAAGAUUGCUCCCGUUCACUUACGUUACGGUAGCAUUAAUCGGCUUAGAUUUUCAUUUCAGCAGCACACCAUUUCCAAAACGCAUUGAGUGCUCUCGUACCGGCCGAUUGAAUAUUGAUGGUAAUGCUUAAACAAAACACACACACACACAAAAACACAUUCCAUUCAUAGCAACACGGCCGAUCAUAAAGCCAUACUUUAUAAUAAGCGUUAAGUAGUAAAGUUUUUUUUAUCAAGGAUAAUGUUCCGAAACCUUAUUGAUAACAGUAAAGUGCUUUUAAAAAACCACUUUUUUCCAAACAAUGAACCAUUUAAGGCACCGUGAUUUAUGCUUUAUAUUUACAUGCGAUAUUUUUCCAUCUCUCGUUCUUCAUUUGUGUAUUAAUUAUAGCAAAAACUUGUAAUAAACAUUAUCAGGUAUGGGUUUUAAUUAAUAUCGAGUCUGUUUCUACAUCAUCAGCAAAUGAACUGUUUAAUCAAUAUGCAUUUUAUUUUUAAAUUGGCGUAGUGUUUGAUGAUUUUAUUCUUUUUGCUGAAUGAUGCUGUGCUCAUUAUUUGGGUUGAGAUAUGUGCGAAAACAGUAUUUUUGCUGGUAAAUAAUAUCUUCUUGGAAAUUUAAUACAAUAACGUCAAUCGAACAAAAAAUGCCAUUCAUUAAUUCCUUCUUUUUUCAAACAAAUGGCAUACAAUUGCAAACUGGAUUGAAAUUUAUAUAUAUGAUAUGUUGCGAUAAUAAUAAUGAAAAAAUGAAUUAAAAAAUAUAAAACAUUCCUCACUGUAUUCCAUGACACAGGAUGCAAAAAAAAACAGUCAGGACCAUUCACAAGCACAAAUUCAUUCUUAUGAAAUGUUGGUAGCAACUCGGACGGAUGCAAAAAUAUGCAAGCCUGUGUGAAGAAUGAAGGCAACUUUCUGCAUUUUUCUCCGGCAAAAAUAUGCAAUUUAGAGCACAUUCCAGAAAAUAUGUUUCUGUUUCGGGUUCAAGUAUUCAAUGUUGCAUUGUUUGCAGCCGACUCAUGGUUCCGCAUAGUUGAAAAUGUUAGGCUGGCUUUCCUGAGAUAUUAGAACCAUGUAGCGAUGAUAGAGCGAAAGGCAGUAAUGUUACAUCGUAUUGCAAACAAUUCUGUUUGUUAUCAUUUGUUUUACAAUGCUUAAAUCAUUUACUUGUGUGUUGCACAAAUACUCCAAAACAAAUAGUCCUUUUGGUACUAGUAACAGCAGUCAAAUAAUUUAGAAGAAUCAUCCUUAAUAUGUUGAAUCAGCUUAUAACUGAUAACUUGGCUGAAUAGGUUUAAAAGAGACUUUAAAAAAUGUUUUAUGAAGAAUGACGGAUUAUUGUCAAAUUAUUUACCUCAAUGGCUGAGUAAAGGUCAAUUUUCACAAGACAUUUCCAAGCCAGAGACACGAGAUAUUGAUCUAUUUUUCUUUAUUUUACUUUGAACAUAGCUGCGAUUGCCAUGUUCUACGUACGCGUGUGCUGUAUUAUAUUUACAAGAGCUUUAUUUACUCUUAUCUUUACGCGUAUCUUUACUAUUACAACUAACGAACUUCUUUACUGUCUUUUAGUGCUUUUUUUUGAAUUUAACCUAAUAUUCUUGACAAUCUUUGUUGGCCAUUCGCUGUUUUUCAGCUGUAAAAUGGGUAAUUUAAGUACGAUGUUGCAUUCAUCGAUCAUUUUUCAAAAAUAGUAAAAUAAAAAUUUCAAUUCACACUCACACAAAAUUAUAUUACCAACCAGCCCAGUGUCAAGACUAUCAACUCAAUUUUGAUCUUAAUCAGUCUCCGAGAAGCGAAAGUGUCGGGACAAAUUAAUGUGAUAAUAUGAAGGUUCCCAUUUAUUCCAAAACAUCUUUGUCUUCAGCCAAAGUGUACACGUCCUUCGGUUUUUAUUCUUUUCCAUUUUUUGCUGCAACAAUGCUACCAUUUUCCUUGCCUCCCGUGCUUGUGCUUGUCCACCAGAGAUUGAGUUGUCUGGCGAUACGUACAAUAUGGAUGCCUUUCACACUUUUCGUGCCAAUGCUUUUGAGCAACAUUUCCCAACACAAUGACAAACGCUCAGUUUAUUCCCAUGUUUCGUCGGAACGAAACGCUUCUUUUUUCCCCGCACAUCUUGAUUUUUAUUCUAUCCUCGUGCAAUUGUUCCGUCUUUUUACUCCAUCUUUUUUCUUUCUUUAUUUUUUUUCAGCGCUACUUUCGGGGACGUUGCGCACAUAUCAACGGGCCGGCUGUGAUCGAGAGCUUGUCACAUUAAGCUGUCCCCGUGGCACGAGCAUCUCGAUCGAGAUAGCACAGUAUGGGCGAAGUGGUGAUGCAAACGAACGAAACCUGUGUCCGGCAAGUACCGAGGAUGCACUAGACAUCAGUAUACCUGGUACGGAAAUAGAAAUAAAAGCACCGGAAAGCUGCACAUGGCCCAACGCCUUACAGUACUCGUUGCUUCAAACAGUCGUGGAAGCAUGCCAAAAGAAGCGCCACUGCAAGUUUCUCGCAUCGCCAAAAACCUUCGGUGGCGAUCCGUGCCCGGGCCAGCGGAAGUUCGUCGAGGUGGCCUACAAGUGCCGACCGUACGAGUUCCGGAGCAAAAUCGCUUGCGAAAACGAUGUAAUUCAAUUAAUUUGCAACCCAUACUCCCGGAUAGCAAUCUACAGUGCGAAUUACGGUCGAACCGAGUACGAAAGUCUUCAGUGCGCGCAACCGCAGGGCGUAAAGGAGGAAAAUUGUCUUGCCUCGUACGCGACGGAAACGGUGAUGCAAAAGUGUCACGGACGGCGGAAAUGCACACUUUCGGCGGACAGUACAACAUUCGGCAAACCAUGCCGGCCAGAUUCGAGGAUGUAUUUAAAAGUUGUUUACACAUGCGUGCCUAGAAAGGUGCUGAAGGACCGCUUCGAGGCUGCACCGGAACCGGACGAACCGCUGCAAAGUGACCUCGAACAGGAUCAGGACGAGCUGUACGAUGAGGAUCAGUUUUUCCGCGAAUCGGACGCUGCGCCACCUGGUCCGGCACCAAAGCUACAGGGUGGUCCAACCAAUGGUCGAGUGUCGGACGUUCCCAUCUACGUCGGCACAACGAGCAGUACGGCCGCUGCACCGCCCCGUUCCAUCCACGACAUAAUGGACGAUAGUGAUUUUUCGUUCGGAGAAAAUCAGGAGAAGUUCUACCUUUACCUUAUCGUGGCAGUUACGGUCGCCAUCCUGCUCUGCGUGUCGAUCGUGAUCGGUCGGUUGGUGGUGCAGCGGCGCCGGACGGCAAAGGACGGUGACGAUAAAUUCCAAACUUCCAACACCGGCGAAACAACGCUACCGAACGGCUUCACCGACGAUAUAUCGGAAAUCGAUGCGGAUAUCGAUCUGCAAACGCCACUGCCGGUGCCGAGCGUAUCGCGUAGCGAUUCUAAUCAAACCUGUCUACCGUUUGCACGCUCUCUUCACGCUUUUACGCUUCCGGCGUGUGGCUAUUUUUUCCACGAUUGCCACCCAACGAAUGUGCGGUCUCGAAACGAUGGUAUUGCAUCUCGCCAGAGCUACGGACCGUACACACCGUCACCGGGACCGUACGGCAAUCUCGGGCCGUCGAACAUUUCACACACCUCCACCACGAUGCUCGUACCGCCGUGCUCGAUGGGUGCCAUCAUGAGUACGUCCCAGCCGCCGGGAUAUCUUAGCGGUCCCAUCAACAUCAUGCCAUCGCAGUUGGGUUCGAGUAUAGGUGCAAUAAGAACGCCACUAGCAGCGAUGACAACUUUGCCGAGGCCACACCAAGCUUCGCAACAACUACCGCCCGGUUUUCUCGGCGGUUCCGUAAUUGGCACGCAAACGCUUCGCCGACUUUCGAGCGACCACGACGGUAAUACACCGCGUAGUCUCAGUAGAGGAGCGACCAAUGCGCAGUACUACUACGGAUGACAUCCGGUUCCUACGCAGCCGGCUCUUAUCGCUACGUCCGGUCCGCCCGGUUCCGCCGGAACGGUGCAGAGCCAUACAGUCGCACAGCAUCAGCAACACCCGUCCCAAUUGUCAACCACCUCAUCCUGUACCUCCUCGUCCCAUCCGAGUCAGCAGCAACAGCAGCAGCAACAGCAACAGCAGCAGCAGCAACAUCAUCCACAAUCCAUCCUCAAAAACAAGGAACCAACGAUCAGCGAACUAGAGGACACCAUCGUCAUGUGUCCACCGAAUCGGACGUACUGUUUCUAGAACUACAGCAUUAUCCUGCUAAGGAAGCAUCACACCACCACCACUACCACCAUUACCGAUUCCUCCGUCGCUUCCACCACUGCUGCCGUCACCCUGCAGCUUCAGGACGGUGAAAGCGUGAACCGCGCCUCGGACAAGGACUUGGUGUAUCUGUGAGACAAGUUUGCGAAAGCUAAUUAAAGUUGGUUCAUCCAAAAGGCAAAAGCCUUGACCCGGGGGGCACUCGUUUUCUGCAAUUUCCAAAUGAAAUGUGUCGCGUCCGGGUCGGGCAUCACCAAACUAAUCCGUCGUUAGAUCAGUGCUCUCUGCUCUCCCGCCUCACCCUCCCCCGGGGGUGCGUUGGAGCUAUAAAUACAAAACCAAAACAAUAUUACGAGUGAGAUACUGGCGGAGGCGCUAGCCAGCACCAGUGUGUUCCGACACACACACACACACACCACUACACGGCACGAUGGAACGAUCCUUCCCGCGUGUAAUACUUAGUAUUUCAUGCGCGUCAAACCGUCAAACGGGAGCUUAUCGUACGACGCUGCGUCAUUGUUCGCUGUCACACUAAGACUGUCCGCAUGCCCUCCUAUUGGCCGAUGGGCCAUUGCAUACCUUUUUGCGGGGUGGCAUCGCCAACGUGUGGUGGCAGAUUGAACUGUCUUUGGGAAUGCAGCCGUAUGCUGUAUGUCCUCCAUACCCGAAGGAGCAAGCAUUAGUGGGAUAAGCUGUUUCCGUGUAAUUUUCCUUCCCCUCCUAUCGGGGUCCACUGUAGUUUUCUGUCCGGGGGAACGAAAAAAAAACAAGUUGUGGUCUUACUGCAACAAACAGGUGAAAGUCGCCCUCAAACCAAACAAAACACACACAAAAAAACUCCCGCCCCGGAUGUGUUCUGCCGUGGCGGUUUUGUUGUAUUCUCAUUGUUCGAAUUUUAUCGUAAGCCAAACUGUAACACAAGAAAUAGUACCUAGGACGUAAUUAGGAUGAAUGAAAAAAACAAAAAAAGAAACCAAAAAAAAUACACACACACACACAGAAAACCAUCCAGUGGACGGUACGUGAGAAGAAGAUGUAUUAAACUACAUCUUAUAAAACAGCUACUAGAGCAAGUAUGUGACAUGAUGCCAAAUGCCGCGAAGUUAAACAGUGCGUCAUGCGAAAGGCAAUAAUUGAAACCAUUUUAAGUGACCAGUGACCCCGAGGUAAUAGAAAAACACACACAGAGAGAUAGAGAGAUAGAGAGGGUGCGAAUGCGUGUGUACAUAUGUAUGUGUGCAAAAAACAAUCGUUUGUGUGCAAUUUGAAAUUGUUAAUUACAAUCUAAUAAGUGACAAAAUGGUCUGUGCGCGGCAAAAUGCGGUUGCAAAUGUUAAAUGCCAUUUGCCAGUCAGCAAAUGGUACCGGUUGCUGCGGACGAUUUUGCCGGAAGUAUCCGUUCACAGCACUGUAUAGAUGUUGCGGUUUAUAGGUGGGUGUAUCUUAGGUAUGAUAAGUCAAAGAGCUGUUCCAAACUCGUAUUCCGACAAGCAAUCGGAACGAUCUUUGGCUUUGAGAGUGUAGAACAAAUUCGUAGGAAAUUUUUUGAUAAACUCGCACUAGUCAAAGUCAAUCUACCGUUGGUGGAUAAGCAAACGAGGCGAGAUUAUUGUGGACAAGUAUUUUUUUCGGUUUUUUGAGAACUUUUUUUUUCAUUUUUUGAAAUAUAAACUACUAAACUAGUUUCGAAAUAUGUAAAGGAUAGGAGCGGUUUAGCCAUACACAACAUCAUGUAGUUUCCAUUGAUCAUUAGCGUAAAGAAGCGUCAGCGUCAGCAUGUGGGGCUCAAGCAGUGCCCUGACAACUUCAAACUCUGCUCCAAGCUCGGCCAAAGAUUGAUGGUUCAAAUUGCGGCUGGAACAGAACUCCAUGAGUACCAAAUGCCAAACAUGUCCUUGCCAACCAUUCUGCCAACAAAGCGAAACCUCGAAUCAAGUCUGACAGCUGUCUGUCAUGCAACCGGUUCGGAAUGCGCUCUCCACCAGGUCUACCGCAAACUGCUCGAAUCAGAUCAAUUUCGAAAAGGUAAUCAGGGUAAAGUUUACGCACGACACAGACAGCAACAUCGAGCUCGGUUUAUUUGGCAAACAGAAAGCAAAACCGUUUCACUGUCAUUUCCCGAUGCAAAAUUGGGCAGGAAUUGAGAGCUGAAAGCCGUACCCUGAUUAUUGGGGUAAAACUUUACAGCAUAUUACAUUUUUAAUUGUUUUUCCAACAUAUAAAUUAUAUAAAUUAAACUCUUUUGUGAUUUUUUUUUCUUUUUUUGUAAAGUUAAAUUGAAAUAGAAAAAAUAUUAAAAAAUUUCGAACGAAGUUGUUGAAAGAAGAGAUCAUUUUUCCUUCAGUUCACUGUUUCCUGUUCCAUUUGCAUGAAAGUUUGCAAAACUUUAAACGAAUGUGUUGUAAAUUAGGAAAAAAUUAAUAGCAAAAUAUUUGUUGUUAAACCAAUGGCAAGCAAAAACCAUUUACAAAUCCGUUUUCACAGUUUCAAAGCAGUGAUAUUCAAAGCCAUCAUGCAUACAUAAGCCCGGGAAACUGUAUACACAAAGCAAAAAGUCAUAUGAAGUAGCGGAAGUGUAGGAAAAUGACAUAUGUAAGUAAACACGUUUGAAAACCAAAGGCGCACAAAGGUGGAAGCGAGUAGAAGAAUCACAGUUAAGUUUAUUUAUUUACCGAGUGUAUAUUCUAUUUCCGUAUGUUCUUUUUUAUAACAAUAAUAAUGAUAAACUGGAAAUGAAAGUCCCCUCCUUCAUCACUAUCUCAAACAACUGUGGAGGAAAUGGUGGAAAAAAAAUCAAAACCAAACCUGUAAAUAAAGUAUUUUAAUAAUAA